AUGGAAGACUACAAUAAACAAAAGAUAAACAACAGCAACAGAUACUUGUUCUUAGUUCUAGUUGCUCAUGCUUAUGAUCUUUACGUUUUCGACAUUCGCAAACAACCUUGGAUACCGUUAUCAAAUACGAAUUAUAAAAUAGCAAAGUCUGAAAAUAUAAUAACAACGGCUAGAGAGCUGGAUAUUGAGACAAAUUCAUAUACAUAUCAUAUCAGAGUGUUUCAUUUGGAUCCCAAAAUAUGGCUUAGCAACAUUAACAUUAAUGUGCAAUCCAAUGUACUGAUUACUAUUAAUCGAGCAUUAGCUUACAUUUCUACUUCUGCUGAUUUUUAUUGA